AUGAGGGGACUCAGCCUUGCCUUGAUAUACUCCAACUUUAUACCCUUUGCACUGGGAUAUACCUUUGCCCAAAAUCUUACUGCCCAGGGAGUGAAAGGUGCUGUUUCCUGUGAGAACAAAAUAUGCAGUCAGGCCGGGGCCUCCAUGUUACAACAAGGUGGAAAUGCUGCAGAUGCUAUGGUUGCUACAGUUCUUUGCGUGGGGGUUACUGGAAUGUAUAACAGCGGCAUAUCUGGAGGGGGGUUUGCCCUCAUUCGACUUCCAAACAAUACAUACGAAAUGGUUGACUUCCGUGAGAGAGCACCAGGCUCUGCAAGCGAGACGAUGUUUGUAAACGACAAGAAUGCCUCCCAAGUUGGUGGAAGAGCUAUUGCGGUACCUGGGCAGCUCCGUGGGCUCGAGUCUAUUCGGAAAAGAUAUGGCAAGCUAAGUUGGCAGGCCGUCAUCAAGCCGGCCAUUGAGGUGGCUGAGGUCGGAUUUCUUUUCGGGCACGACAUGGAGUGGAUGGUGAACUGGACCUUGAAAAACGCUCCAUUGUUGAACUCCUCUCAGCCAAACCUUUUCCUUCAGGAUCCUGCCUGGCGGCCGGACUUUGCUCCUAACGGCAAACCUCUUAAACGGGGAGAUAUCAUGACCCGGAAAAGAUACGCAGAAGCACUACGAAACAUUUCGAAGAACGGCGCCGAGGAUUUUUACACUGGCUCAACCGCCAGAAGUAUGCUACAGGCAAUCAGAAACCAUGGUGGUAAUAUGACGGAGAGGGAUCUGAUGAGUUACUCCGUUGUCCGUCGGACACCACGACAGGUCCAAUAUCGGAAUUACACCUUGACCAGUACAGUUGCUCCUAGUAGCGGAUCAGUUCUACUCAACAUUCUUGGUGUUUUGAACAAUUACGAUGACUUCUUCACAAAUAUAUCAACGAGAGGAUUAGACACUCACCGGAUGGUCGAGGCCAUCAAGUUUGGAUAUGCUUAUAGAAACUCUUUUGGCGACCCAGCAUUUGUUCCAAAUAUUACCAAUCUGGAGAGCACGAUGUUGUCUCAAGCACGAAUUCAAAGGAUCUGGCGUAACAUUGAUGAUAAUAGUGUUCAUACGAAUGUCAGCUUCUACGAUCCUGACCACAAGUGGACACCGGAAUCGUUCGGUACGUCACAUAUGGUGGCAGCCGAUAAGGAUGGCUUGGUUUUGUCCCUCACCACAACGACGAAUCUUCCCUUCGGUAGCCACGUCAUGGUUCCUGAAACCGGCAUUGUUUUGAAUUCUCAGAUGGAUGACUUCUCUACUCCUAACACCACUAACGCAUUCGGCUAUCCCGCUAAUCCAAACAAUUUUAUCAAACCUGGAAAACGCCCACUGUCGUCUAUUUCACCUGUAAUUGCAACUCGCGAUGAUGACAGCUUUGCAUUUGCUACAGGGGCCGCUGGAGGUAGCCACAUCCCUACAACGACUUUGCAGACCUUGAUCCAUGCUUUGGAUGAACAUCUGUCACCAAAUAUAUCCCUAGCCCGCCCACGGCUCCACCAUCAGCUGUUCCCAAACUAUAUUGAAAUACCUGACACCUAUAACAACGCCACUGUUGCGUUCUUGAAGGGCCGCAAGCACGAAAUCAAGAGAGUGGCUGAGUGGAGUUACGCUCAGGCAAUCUUCCGGUCUCAGCAAGGUCUGUUUAUAGCUGCAUCAGAACCGAGACAGCUUGAGUCAGGGGCCUUUGCGGUCUAG